AAUUCACAGAAAUACUAAUGUGUUUUCAUGUUCUAAAGGAAAGGUUUCAAUAUACGUUUUAUAUACUGGAUGUUGGGAUCUAGGAGACCAAAAUAACACAAUUGUCUUAACUACACUUACUCAGGUGAUAUGCACCCUUACGUUGUGACGUUACUCGAUGUCCUCUACACCGUCUUCAUUACACCUCUGACGGCUGGAAAUGUCAUCCAAUCGGUCGAUAACACCGGAAGCAACACUCGUAAGACCGACGGCAGUUUGUCCUCCAUGGUAACCAUCGCCUGCCUGACGGCGAUCACGUUUGUCGUCAUUGGUAUCUACGCCAAAAGUGAGGACCCUGGGAAAUCGACCAUAGCAAUCACAACCAUGACAUUUGUGUUGACUGCCAUGGCUUUGUUUGCCAUCGUUCUGAUUGCAGUUCUUGCCUUUCGCAAAAGACACGAAUGGUUCAUUGCAGCCGACAUCAAGGACGAUGCAGCAGAAAAAUUCAAAGGGAAGUUUCUAUGGCUCUUUAGUCUUGGUAUAAUCAUGAAAAAUGCUCUUGAAUUAGCUAUAAACAUUGACUGUUCAAACAAAGAAUCAGGUAAAAAAUUUGUAACGGCUUUCAUGAUUGUCCACAUCGUUUCAAUACUAUACUACUGUAUUCAAACCGGUUUCAUCAGUUACUUCAAGGAUUACAGAUUUAAGAGCUCUGUGAGAAUUAACUAUGGUAUUCUCAUCGUUUUACUUACUAAUUUGACAUUGUGGUUCACUAGCAUCGUUGGUGAUAAUGAAGACUUAGUAUUUAGCAAUACAAAUACUACUGAAAAGAAUGGUAUUAUAGAAGAAAUUAUUUGUUUUCACAAUUCUUCGAUCCAAACACUGCGUAUACACACACUCAAGUUUCUUAAUCCUUGCGGAAUUGAGUACGCCUUACUUGCCACGAGCUUCAUGCUGUCACUAUGGCCUUCAGUGAAAAAGGAAAUCCAUGAUACACAGGACUCGGUUAAUCUGGUCAACAUCGAAGAGAGUUGUGACGAAUACACUCCUUUGCUUCGACGACGAAGAAAUCGUACAACCGACCCAACAGAUAUUCGCGCAGAUGAUCCAAGGCACCGCAGCCCUAUUUCUUUUUUUCUCGCCAUUUUAUUUGGCCUUAUUUUAAACCUUCCAGUGAUAAUAUCCACCGUUUUAACAUUUUUUGGAAUUGAUUCUGAAGGUUUUGGAUAUUUUCGAGAUGCCUCAAUGGCGACCUAUAAAUUGGCAAUGUUGAUUAUGGUUUUCAUUCUUUUCUUCCACUUGGCCAAAUACGGAAAGUCGAACAAUGUUAAAAGAAAACUUUCGUCAACCGAAUAUAUUUUAGUGUUUGCAAACGCUGGAACGAUUGCAGUUUGCACAUUUGAUUUUAUUGUAAGUUUAAACAAUCACAGAUACAUUUUGAUGUCAGAGAAAAUACUUGAUAUUAUUCUGACUUUCUUGCAGACCACUCUAAUAAUGCAUUCCACUCGCGUUACCAUCAAAAAGACACUGGACAGCUUCAUUGCUGCAGAAUACGUCUGUUUAUUGUUGUCCGUUUGUAACAUCGUCCUUUGGGUUGGUGAUAGUUUCAACAAUAUGGAGAAUAGUGUCACCUCCUUACAAAACAGCAAUAACAGCAAGACCAACAAAGUGAUGAAGUAUGUCAUUUUCCCCAUCCUUGUAUUCUAUCGAUUCCAUGCCUCCAUCGACUUGUUCGGACUCUUCUCCAGAAUGCGAAAGAACUGAUUUUAAAACUUUGAAACAGAUGAAUAAAGUUAAAAUAUAAUUUAAGAAAAAUGUCAUGCGUUGACUGUCUCUUCGGUAAAGUGAAAUAAGAUGGUCAUAAAAGUGGCUACAAAUACAUAACAAAGAGUAAAGUACAGAGCUGUGUUUGGAAGAAAAACAUCAAGUUUUUGAUUUACAAAGUAUCACAAGAUUAGUCAAAAUGCUAUAUGUCAUUAUCAUGAUAUGCUGUCAUAGAAAAUGAGGUCAAAACUGAUCAUGAUUGGUUAUUUUGAAUAAAAUUUUAAACAUUGCGCUUUACAAUAUGUAUACUUGUAUAUGUUGCCGUUUGUAAACAAUCAAAAUUUACACUUCUUCUUUUAUCAAGAGUUUACUUACACAAUAAAAUGUCAUUCAUGA